UUCUUGUCCUGUCUUGUCCCACAUACCCCAGUACUGUCUACAGCACAGUAGUCUGUGGAAGGCUAACGCUUCGCUGACAACACCAAGAACAACAUUUUCACCAUGCCGUGGCAGCGUAUCGUACGGAGGUACCUGUGGUUGAUUGUUGUGGUUGCCAUACUUGGGGCCUGCGUCAUCUUUCUGCUGCUACCAAACGACAGGAAUCCACAGGGACCAAAAGUGACAGAGAAGGUAUGGUUUGACAUCACCGUCGGAGGCGAGAAGCUCGGCCGUGUCGAGAUCGGACUUUUCGGCAAGAUCGUCCCAAAAACUGUCCGCAACUUCGCGACGCUGGCGAAGAGAGAGAAACCAGAAGGCUACAAGGGAUGUAUAUUCCACCGAGUCAUGAAGGGUUUCAUGAUCCAGGGAGGCGACUUCACACACGGGGACGGUACAGGCGGGUACAGCAUCUAUGGCGGCCAUUUUGAGGACGAGAACUUUGAGCUGCAGCACUACGGCGCCGGGUGGCUGAGCAUGGCGAACGCUGGCCAGGACACUAACGGCUCCCAGUUCUUCAUCACCACCGUUAAAACGUCAUGGCUGGACGGCAAACACGUCGUCUUCGGAAAGGUUCUCAAAGGCAUGGAUGUUGUAAGGAAAAUAGAAGAGGUUGAAACAUCGGACAACAACAGACCCCUGAAGGAGGUGAAAAUCUCGGACGUGGGACACGAGGAUGUGUGGAGUCCAUUCGUGGUGCUACAGGAGGCCGCUAUAGAGGCUACCAUGUAGACCAGCACAUAGGGAUCAUGUAGUCAUUUAUAACAACCUCCGGAAAGGAGAUAUUCCGGAGUGGUACUGUUUUCACAGUUUUCAUGUUCGCAGCUGUUUCUCGCGGUUUGGUGGACGAAUUUUUUGGGGACUCGGUAUACGUCUUGCUAUUAGACUGUACAUGAUGCACGUUCUUUGGUUUGUAUUGUAUAUGUGUUUUCGUGCGUGAAAAUGAAACCUUUUGGCGGCCCCCGGA